UUUACUAAUUUGUGAAUUCAGUUUUCAUUUAAUUAAAACUAUGUUUCUUUUAAUAAACUCUAAGUAUUUGUCUGUAUAGUUAUGGUUUACAGUGUUAAGAACUCUAAUAUACAUUAUAUAUUUUUGUAAGAUUACAAGAAAUAACAGAAACAAUGGCUGUGAACGCUGCUCCUAUAACAGCGACCGACAGUUUAUCUCAAGCUUUAAAAGCAAACAUUAUACCUAACCAAGAAUAUUUAUUACAGGGCUCAGUUUUAGAUUCGGCUGUAGAAGUUCUUCUACACAGACUUCGCGGUCUCUGCGACAAUGUUGAUGCAGGUCCAGAAACGUUUGAUGAUCAAGAAGUUUGUUUUAGUUUGAGAGAUCCUAAUCAGCAGUCAACACCAUUAACCCUACGAGUAAGGAAAGCUUUAGAUGCAAGAGAUAUGCCUUACCAGUUGAGAUAUAUUGGACAGCCAGACUUGGGAGACAAAAAUAGGCCAACUGUUGUGCGAUCAAGCCUUGACAUAGCUUGUAGUGGAAUGCUCAUUGAAUUCCUAAAUGAAUUAGGAUGUCGAAUUGAAUUUGAAUAUAGUGUUAAAGGUUACAUGUUUAGAAAAGGAAGAAUGAAAAUAACAGUAGCAAAGGUGUUCAAAAUAUCUCAGAGUUCAAUGCCUCCAGAGCCCAUCUCACAAAGUUACCUUGUUGAACUGUCUGUAUUAGCCCCUCAAGGACAAGAUGCUAUUGGUGAAGAUAUGCGUGCAUUUGCAGACCAACUGCGACCACUUGUCCAACUGGAUAAAAUAGAUUAUAAACGACUAGGUCAUAUGUCAGUCACAUAGCCAAUGUUUCUUACUUAGGUAGGCUUUACACUGAUUAUUUUAAAACAGAAAAAGUUAAGUAUAAAGCCUGCCUUAGUAUAUUACAAUAAUGUACCCAUUCCAAAUGGGAAAUAUUUUUGCAGAUACAUCUAAACAAACAUAAUAUUAACUAAUUUAUAAUUUAUUACUCAAUAUAAAUAUACUUUUAAUUUUUUUUGUACACCUUGAAACAUAAACUUGGAAA